UGUCACUGUAAUCGGUGAUAGUGAACAAUUAAUUAAAAAACUGACCUAUUUUUAGAAUUUUUCAAUAACGAUUAUUACACAAAUAAUAAUUUUAUUUAUAUAAAUUUUAAUAUUAAUUUUACUCAAAAUUCUGGCUUGGGAAUAAGUACAGCAACACCCUGUAUAUUAUUGGGUAUUUUUAGAUUAUAGAUGACACUGUGUCAAUACUGAAUGUUUCAAUAAUAUUGAUAUUGAGUAGCUCCAAAGUAGUUUAAUUUACCUAAUUAAUCAUCAUAAAGAAUGGCACGCUUUGAUCUGAUUUCACUAAGAUAAUAUAAUCUUUGAACAACUAUUUUAAUAAUGUAUAUAACAUAAUUCUACAUGAAAGCAAUUGUUUUUCUUAAAUCUCAACAAUGUAGAGAAUUGCUACGUGUUAUCAAUCAUGAUUAAACCAAGAGAACAAUGAAUAUAUUUUUUAUCAUCGACAACAUGAUAAAUAAAUUUUAAUGCAAUCUUUACUGAGUAUAUUGAAAAUUAUUUAUUGUUUCUAGUUAUUUUGUUUUAAAUAUAUACAAAAUAUAAACUGUUUACUUAUCAUUAUCUUUGGAUUAAUUCGCUUAUAAAAAGUUAUGGCUCAAUUGCACAUUUGGAAAGGUACUGAGAAAAUUAAUUUAACAUUUGCUGAUCAGCCUAACGGGAUAGUUAAAAAAUUAGUUCAUAUAAAUAACAAUAUUUUUGUGUCUACAACAACAUCGAAUAUUUAUUAUGGAGAAGUACAAGUUUUGGAAACUGGAACACUGUCCAUUAUUUUUAAAAGAAUUAAUUUCUGUGUCAUAGAUAUGGCCUCUAAUUCUCAAUAUUUAUUUAUUGUAAAUGAUAAAGGAUAUGUAUUGACACUGGAUCCUAAUACAUUCCAAGUAAUUGACACAAUUAUUCUUAAAGAAGAUAUUAAAUAUUGUUGUCAUGGAUAUAAACAAGAGAAUGAAAUCUUAAAAGUCAAAAAUAUAGCAGUCAGUGAUAUAGCAACACUGUUUAUUACUGAAAAUGGCCAAUUAUGGGCAAGUGGUGACCAGCCUCAAAUUGAUAUAAAAUCUCAAGUUGCUAAAAAAGUUGUAUUUUUUGAAGGAAGAUCAGUAUCUUCAAUAGCCUGUGGUACGAAUUUCAAUGCUGUUGUUGCUAGGAAAAUUCCAAAAAUAAUUAAAGAUGAUACAGAUAGUGAAAAUGACAUUGAUGAUAUAUUUGUAAGUACUUGUCCACAAUGUUUAAAUAAUUUUGCACUUAGCCCACAAAGUUUGACAUCAUCAGAUACAUGUCCUUUGGGUCUUCAUCCACAAACUUAUAAUGAAGAUUAUUCUGUUGCUUCGACAAGUCCCAUGUCAUUCACGAGUCGUGAUCAUUUAACAACCUCUGUUCCAGUUAAUAAUGACAAUCGAUCAUGUUUGAUUCCAAAUAAUACAAAAAAUACCCCUGGUACGAAUGAUGAUGAAAAAGAAAUAAAAAAAAAUCCAGUUUUUAUUAAUACUGAAGCAGCUCGACAAUUUUUAACCGAACAAUUCUCCUGGGUCUCUUAUUACGGGAAUGGUAAAGAAAGUAAUAGUGAAUAUAUGUCAAGCCCUACUGGUUUAAUUAAACAAAAUGUUUCCAAUAUGGCUAAUUUAGUAUAUGAAGGAGUCAAAACUAUGGGAGAUAAAGUAGCAACUUUAUCAAGACACGUUAGUGGAAGUUCAGAAACUAAUGAUGCUCGUGAUGACAUUACCGGCGAAUUUGAACUCCUUGAUGAAGAGAAAGGAAAACCAUCUGCUGGUAGUUUGGCUCAUAGCUUAAGAUGUGAAGAAUUUCCGUGGUCCUCGAGUACAGCAUCUCUAGAUCACGAUUUAUCUGUACAAGGAUUGUACGAAAGAAUUAAUUCACUUAUUGAUACUGGAAACAAUUUACUUGCAACUGAAUUAUGGACUUGGGGAGAUAUUAAGUUUGGACAAUUAGGUACUGGAGAUAUUAUUAUUAGACCUAAGCCGGUUUUAGUUACAAAAUUAAAUAAUACAGGAAUUAAAAAAGUAUGUUGUGGAGCUUAUCAUGCUUUAGCCUUAACUUUAGAUGGAAGAAUUUAUGCAUGGGGUAAAAAUGAUUUAAAUCAAAUAUCUCCAGAGGAGACAAUCGCUCAAAGUUCACCAAAAUUAUUGAUGGUUCCUGGAAUAAAUAAUCAACGAACAAGAAAUGCUGCUACCGGAACUUGUCAUAGUUUAAUUGUUAUAGAUAAUGAACUAUAUUUUAUUGGAAAAUCUACUUCUAUAGAUAAAAUUGUUAAGCUAAACAUAUCAAAUAAUUCACAGUAUUCAAUUAAAUAUAUAUCAAGCUCUGGGUCUUAUAGUUGUUGUUCAACAAUAAAUCAAGAACCUAGUAAAAUUUUGAAUGAUUUAAACCGGGAAGAAAUAUUGUUAGAAGAAAUGCUCACAGUUUAUCAAUUUUUAAUUAGACCAUUUCAAAAGAAAGCAGCUAGACAAGAUUCUAAUGCAUACGAUACUUUAUGCCAAUGUUAUAUAGAUUUAAUGAAUUUUAUUGCUUUAAAUGUUCUUAGUCUUUCUGAUUACUCUAAUUUUAUUGGUGAGCCAUAUGAAGUCAUUUUGAUUGCUAAUGUUGACGAAUUCGUUACUGUUUAUAAACAUUAUUUGAACACUGUUUGUGAUGUUAUAUCACUCGGAGGGUUUGGACAUAUAGUUAAAAUUUUUAAUGAUAAACUUCCACAAAUUCUAACACGAACCUUUUCUGAUAAAGUAAUUAUGCAGGAGCGAUUUAAAAAAGCAGGCAAUGAAGAAAUUGUUACAGCUGCACUUGAACAUCCUUUGCAGGAAUUAAAUCGAUACAAAAUAACAAUAACAAAUUUAAUUAAAUGUAAUGGGACAAACAUGGGUAUUGAGAGACUUCAAGAAGCUUUAAUCAAAUGGGAAAGAAUGUGUGAUGAACAACAAAAACGUCAAAACGAAGCAAAAAUCACCAAAAAAUUUUGGGAAAAUUCUGGAAAAUUAAUCGAAAUUUUAAGAUCACCAAAAAGACGACUGCUAAGAGAAUCUCGAACACGUCCAAUUUCGAUAUUGAAUUGUAGUCGUUUUACUUCACUACUUUCACACUGGUUUAUUUUAUUAACGGAUGUGUUUGUCCAUGUAAUUGGAAAUUCGCAUACGACACAUCCACUGGCAACUUUGUGGGUAGAACCUUUAGCAGAUUCAGAAAAUUUGUCUAAUGCAAUAUCUAUUACUACUCCAGAAGAAAAUUUGAUACUUUAUACAGCUACUGCAACUGAACGUAAUGAAUGGCUACAAGCUUUACAAAAUGCUGUUAAAUGUAGUCUUCAAAAAGUUGUUGGACACGGAUCCCCUAGGGAUCGAACAACUAGUUAUUUAUUUACUAAGCAUCCUACUUAUAAAGAUGCUAAAUAUAUUGGAAGAUGGUCAAAUGGUAAACCUCAUGGUUAUGGAAAAAUGGAAUGGAAUGAUGGAAAACUGUACACUGGUGAAUUCUAUAAAGGUGUUAUAGACGGUUUAGGAAAAAUGGAAAUUCCUACUCAAGGAAUUUAUGAAGGUCAAUGGAAAGAUGGAUUACAAAAUGGAUAUGGUUUAUUCAAAGAAAUAAAUGGGGAUGUUUACGAUGGAUACUUUAAAGAUGGAUUGCCUCAUGGUCAUGGUGUAAAAAAAGAAGGUCAUUUUAUGUCUUCUAUAGGGAGUGUUUAUGUAGGAGAAUGGAUUGCUGGCGUAAAGCAAGGAUACGGUGUUAUGAGUGAUAUUAUGACAGGUGAAAAAUACUUAGGUUUCUGGAGUAAUAAUUUAAAACACGGUAACGGAUUAAUUGUAACUCUUGAUGGGAUUUAUUAUGAAGGAACUUUUGUACAAGAUGCUUUUAUGGGUCAUGGUAUAAUGAUAUUUGAAGAUGGAACGCAUUAUGAAGGAGAAUUUAAAUCUGCUGGAGUUUUCGGUGGAAAAGGUAUUUUAACGUUUCGAAGUGGUGAUGUGUUAGAAGGGACUAUGAAUGGAGGUUGGAAUGAACCAGUUAAAGUAACAGCAAAUUUGCAAAUAAAUAAAACUGUUAAUAAUAUUGAAUUAAAUUCUAAACCACCAUCUUUCGGAAAAUUAUGUGUACAACCAAAUCAAAAAUGGAAAGCUCUAUUCCGUCAAUGUUAUCAGCAACUUGGAAUAAGUGAAUCUAAUAUUCAACAUUCUAAUAAAUCGAAUCCAAAUAAAAUAUUAGAAUCUCAAAAAUUAUGGGAAAAUGUUGCUAUUAUAAUCAAUAAAUCAUGUCAACGAACAGUACAUAAAGAGAAUUCACCAUCCAAAGUCCCUUUACCACGGGGAUCUGCAAACAAAACUUCCAAUGACUUGUUGAAUAAAAUUCUUCAGUUUGGACAAACUCAACUAUCAUAUUCCAGUUUCAAAGAAAUUCAUGAAUAUUUAAUAAACGCAUUUGAAAGCCAAUAUCAUCCACUGGGCAAUUUAUUAACACAAGUAUCAACAGUUUAUACAGCAACUUAUGGAGGAGUUAGAGUUCACCCGUUGUUAUUAAGUCAUGCAGUGGAAGAAUUUCGAAGUAUAACCAUGAGAAUAUAUGAAAUUGUUUCAUUUUUUUUUCCAGCAUUACCUGACAAUGAUAAAGAAUUAAUAUUAGAAUCUGAAAAUGGAGAAAAGAGGAAAGAAAUUUCUGCUAAAUCUCUAUUAUAUCCCAUCUUACUUUCUCGAGUACAUUCAGCUCUAUUUGUUCUCUAUGCACUUCACAAUAAAAAAGAGGAUGAUGCAUAUUGGGAAAGAUUAAUGAAAUGGAAUAAACAAUCUGAUUUUGCUUUAAUGACAUUUCUUGAUAUUGAUCAAAAAUUUUAUGAUGUCGCUAAUACUCUAAACAUGGCUUCAUUUGAAAAUGAUGAAAAAAAAUUUUUAACCGAAGCAAUAGAAACUUUACAACAAUUAAAAACCACCUUUUCGCCUUUAGAAAAAUUAAUAGUCAUACGUAAUACUUUUGAGCAAAUGACCAAGACAGUACAAAAAAAAUUGGGUGAAACAUAUUUAUGGACAAUGGACGAAUUAUUACCAGUAUUUACUUUUGUAGUAGCAAGAGCCGGUAUUUUGAAAUUGGGAAGUGAAAUUCAUUUUAUCGAUGAUUUCAUGGAAUCCAAUAUAAAAAAUGGGGAAUUAGAUGUUAUGUUCACUACCCUAAAGGCUUGUUUUCAUCAAAUCCUACAAGAAAAAGUUAAUAUUUUCGAUUGAUGCAAAUAAGAAUGUGAAUUACUUUAAUGUAUAUAAAAAAAUAAAAAUAUAAUAUGUAAUUAUUUAUAAAAAAAAAAAAAAAAAA